AGUGGUAGCGGGGAGGAGCGGAAGUCGGCUGCCGGGGCGCGGUGCGUGGACGCCGGCGGGGAGAGCGCCGCGGAGGGGGAGCAGCACAUGACCUAACAGAGAGAGAUCUCGAGACAAAUUCGAACAGGGGAAAUUUGCUAGAAUCAACAGUGAUGGAUCCGUGUUCAGUGGGAGUGCAGCUCCGCACCACACACGAGUGCCACAAGACCUACUACACACGGCACACGGGCUUCAAGACUCUGCAGGAGCUGUCAUCAAAUGAUAUGCUCUUACUUCAGCUGAGGACUGGGAUGACGCUUUCUGGGAACAAUACAAUUUGCUUCCAUCAUGCAAAAAUUUACAUUGACAGAUUUGAGGAUUUGCAGAAGUCAUGUUGUGACCCAUUUAACAUACACAAAAAACUAGCCAAAAAAAAUUUGCAUGUAAUUGACUUAGAUGAUGCCACUUUCCUGAGUGCAAAAUUUGGCCGACAGCUCGUACCUGGUUGGAAGCUUUGUCCAAAAUGUACACAGAUAAUCAACGGAAGUGUGGAUGUUGAUUCUGAAGACCGGCAAAGAAGAAAACCUGAUUCAGAUGGAAGAACGGCUAAAGCUUUGAGGUCAUUACAGUUUGCAAACCCAGGAAAACAAACUGAAUUUGCUCCAGAAACUGGUAAAAGAGAAAAAAGAAGGCUUACAAAAAAUGCAACAGUUGGCUCAGACAGGCAAGUGAUACCGGCGAAGAGCAAGGUCUAUGAUAGCCAGGGCCUCCUGAUCUUCAGUGGGAUGGACCUCUGCGACUGCCUGGACGAAGACUGCCUGGGCUGUUUCUAUGCCUGCCCUGCCUGUGGUUCUACCAAGUGUGGAGCCGAGUGCCGCUGUGACCGCAAGUGGCUGUAUGAGCAGAUCGAAAUCGAAGGAGGAGAAAUAAUUCAUAACAAACAUGCUGGAUAGUUUGUGGUACCAAACUACGGGAUCUUUAAAGGUCCUAUCUCUAGUUCUAAAAUUCUGUCAUUCUAAGAUACGUUUUAAAGUUGAUUGCCAAAUGAGAGGAAUUGGAAAACCACGACAUGCAGUCAGCGUGGCAUUAGUAUUGCAUUUAGGGAGCUUUAGGAUUUGUUGUUUGAUGUAAAUUUAGAUGGGCUCUUUCUCAACAGUCAGCUUUAAGCCUGUCCAGGUCAAUAUAAAAAGUAGGCUGUAGGCAGUCCUCGAUUUGCACGCUUCCGCCAUCCACAAAUCUUGAUGACAACGAUUUAGUUAAAUAACACCGGUCCCCCAACAACACAGUUCAGAUUUCAUUUACCACAGGAUAUGAACUGUGAGUAAUUACAUGAGGUACAAACUUCCCCGCCAGCUCUUCCAUCCACUGGUCACUGUGUGAGUAACAGAUGUGCUUCAGGAUUGGGCACCAGUCCGGUUUCCCAGGCUCUGCUGGUGAUUGCACCUCUGUCACUCAGUUUAUUCACAGGCAGCAAAGCACAUAGUGUGUUGUCUUCUUGUCACCCACGCGAUAUUUUACAAAAGUAGAUAAAAGCUGGCCAACAAAGAUGAAAGUGCAGUGAAGAAAUGAAAAAGGAUAGCACCAGAAGUGAGAUCUAAGAAAUCGCUGGUCAUGGGAAUGUGGACCCUGCUGACCUGGAGCCUCUGGAAGUGCUGCCCGGGGACUCGGUGCAGGCAGACUCACCACCGGAAGUGAGCGGAGUGGCCGUGUUGAGAAGGAUGUGUGUGUCCCAGAGCCCCUGAGGGUGGAAAACUCCACGGGAGAGGAGAUCGCAGAAAUGUCUCAGGGCAUUGGCGGAAGCUCAUCCAGACUUAACGGAGUAUGACAGUUCGCCAUGGUACAGAAAAGACUUAUGCAUUAUGAGUUAUUUAACCAAAAAAGAAGGCAAGCACUGUUCACACUACUCUUGAUUAGUUUUUUACAAUGAAAUAACGCACUAAUUCUCAAUGUUUCUAAUGUUUUAAGUUACAAUAUACUAAAAAAUCUGUUUUUGUAAUUUUUUCAUUUUCUUGUACAUUUAUUACAGUAAGUUUUUAGUAUUUUGACAGAUUUUUAAGGCUCACAGAAUAAUCGUAAUUCUCCCCAUUGAUGGUUAAGAUUGCAUUGAGUGGCCGUUUUCCUGGUUCCACACCGCCCUGCAACGAAGAAUGGCCCGUGGCUGAGAACAGCCCCCAGUUCAGGGAGAAUUAAUUUUCACAUAACUAAGUGGUUGAGUGUUAAACUGUUUUAGGAAUAAUCUACAUAUCAAAGUGCUAAAAUAUAUCAAUUCUUCUCCCCUCUUACUUUUCAAAAAUAAAAGGCUGUAAACCUUUUAUUGUUUAGAACAUGUAUUCUUGGUGAAAAUUUGUUCUUGGUGGCAAAAUCUAAUUCUUUAUAUAAAGCACAGAUAUACACACAGUACCUAAACAUACGUUGUGUCUGUGAUAUUAAAAUUUUGUAGAGUGUUGAUUAGGAUUAAAAGAUCUAAACAAGGCUCCUUAAGGGAGGAAUAGUGAAAAAAAGAUGGAAAAGCACCGGCUGAGACACUCUAAGUUGUUCGGAAGUUGCAUCUUGAUGUUGGAAUUCGUACGGUGCCCUCUGAGGGUGGGGUGAGUGAUCGCUUCUCUCUGCUCUUUCCUUUUUUAGGACAGCUACCUGUUGCUGUCUAAGAUCUUUCAUCACCUGGGACAUUGCCACUUGACUAGGGCUGCGUUUUCCCUAAAUAGAGUACUUUAAUCAGCUGAGCUUUCAACAAUUUGAAAUAUUUUUUAGCCAUUGAAACUGAAUUUUUACAGCCAAUUUGAUGUCAGUUGCCCAGUAGAGGUUGAUUUUUAUUCCUGUACAUUUUGGUGUCUGCUUAAAAUGACUGGUUCUGCUUUGAUGGAAUGCCCUUUUCAACCAUGGAAUUAAAUGUCAUUUUUAAGUUAUAAUUGUUCACUGACCUACUUAUCAGAAGUACAGUUAAUCAAUUCUGUGAUCCAUGUGUUUCACCAGAGCACUGGCAAAAAGAAUAUUUUAGCUUUAUAUACUUAAAUCAGAGGCUAGAUUUUUUUUUUCCUAAAUUAAGGAAAUAUUUUGUUCUGGAGGACAAACAUCGAUUCCAAUUUUACCUGUACUUCCAGGAUCACUGGACCUUCUUAAUUGGCAUUACUACCAUCAUUUUUGUUGCUUGUAAGUAUGAUUUAAUAUAUUACUUAGGCUCUUCACAGGGAGAAAUUAAAAUCUUAGAUUUUUUUUGUUUGAAGCAGGAAUAUCUUGUCAUUGGAAUAAAUGACUUUAAAAUUCAAAUUGUCAUAGUUCAGCAUUAGAACAUUUCUGUGUUAUUUUUGAAAGAUGGUAAUAAGUUUUUCAAGGGAAAAUUUCUUGAAGAACAAUUUUGCUAAUAUUUGUUCAUUAUGCCUAUUUAGGAGACCAAUCGUUUAAUGAGCAUGCAAAAUGUUUAAAGAGAAAGGUAUAUCUGAUUUAGACUAGGCUGUAAUAAAAGUUGUGUUUUGGAAAAAUUAUAUCACAAGUCCACUUACUGUUUUUUAGUAUAAAAUUACAGAAAUAUAGAAUACAAUGAAAUCAUCCAGAUCCUUUUUAUAUUUUGCAUAAGUAUGAUUCAGGGUGGCUAAAUUAUUUUAGAAUGCUGUUAAUCUAAAAAGCAAAAAAAAAAGUUAUAUAAACAUUUAACUUCUGCUGUAUGGGGGUUCUACUGGUGGAGAUGUUAAUGUUAGGCCACAAACAUCUGUCUUACACACUGCUGGUCACAAAUGUUAAAGUAAAAAUGCAUGUAUAUAUUUGAAUAAAAUAAAUGGCAUCCCAUGA